AUGGCGGCGGCGGCGGCGUUUUCUUUCGCUUCGACGACCUCCAAACACUCUUCUACUUUCAUUUCAUCCAAUUCUUCCCACAACUUCGUCCCUCCUUCCUCUCGCUCCAUAUCUCUCCCUCUCCCACCUCCGUCGCCUCUCUCCCUCUCCACCUCCACCGCCGCCGCCGUCUCUUUCCGCAUCCGCUGCCUCGACGCCGCGCAGCCGUUCGACUACGAGUCCCAGCUCCGCUCCGAGCACCUCAAGUCCCAAUCGCUCAAGGUCGCCAUCCUCGGAUUCGGCAAUUACGGCCAGUUCCUCGCCAAGACACUAACCCGCCAGGGCCACACCGUCAUCGCCCACUCCCGCACCGACUACUCCGACGCCGCCGCCUCCCUCGGCGUCCAGUUCUACUCCAACCCGCACGAUCUCUGCGAGAGCCACCCGGAAGUGGUACUGCUCUGCACAUCCAUCCUCUCCUCCGAGAAGGUACUCCAGUCCUUCCCCUUUCAGAGGCUGAAACGCAAUACUCUUUUUGUCGAUGUGCUAUCCGUGAAAGAAUUCGCCAAGACCAUUAUGUUGAAGUAUUUGCCCGUGGAGUUCGAUGUAUUGUGUACGCAUCCAAUGUUUGGACCCGAGAGUGGGAAGCAUUCUUGGGCAGGGUUGCCGUUUGUGUAUGAUAAGGUGCGAAUUGGGAACAACGAGGAUAGGAUCAGUCGGUGCGACAAGUUCUUGGACAUUUUUAGUAGAGAAGGGUGCAGGAUGGUGGAGAUGAGCUGUGCUGAGCACGAUCGCUAUGCUGCGGGCUCGCAGUUCGUGACCCAUGCCAUGGGGAGGGUGUUGGAGAAGUUUGGGCUGGAGUCGUCUCCGAUCAACACCAAAGGAUACGAGACGUUGCUGAAUUUGGUGGAGAACACGUCCGGUGAUAGCUUCGAGUUGUUUUAUGGCUUGUUCCUGUGUAAUCAGAAUGCCAUGGAGCAGUUGGAGAGGCUGGACAUGGCUUUUGAAGCCAUUAAGAAGGAGUUGUUUGGGAAAUUGCAUCAGGUUUACAGGAAGCAGUUGUUUGGGGAUUUAGAAGUUGGUGAAGAGGAGAGCUUUAGGAUUCAGAAAUUGCUUGUUAAUGGUGCCUCCGGGAAGCCGCCGCCUUCUGAAACCUUGAGUGAAGAUGGAUCUUCGGGUUAA